UCUAUUCGAUCAUCUCUUCACCAUCACAACCAACGAGAUGGCGUUGAAAUUACUAUCAGUCAUUCUUUUCGUCGCGGUGCUGAGCAUCGACUUCGAUGCCUGUGUUGGACAAAGCAACACCAACUUUUAUUUCACGUUCGAUGACGAUUUGCAAGGACUAACGGUGCACAGGGGCACCUGGAAAUGGUCUGACAUGGCAAGCAUGCAGUACAAAAUACCUCCUGGUAAAGAUGGCUUCGCAGUUUACGACACCCCUCGUGAAGGGGAUGAGCUAUACUCCGAGUAUAUUCCACUGGAUUACGGCUUGAAUUACACCAUCACUUUCUUCUUCAACUCGAAGUAUGAGCAGGGAACCACGUUUGCUCUACACAAACUCUCCCGUAAUGGCGAUUACCUUCAACUCAUUGCCGACUACACUUAUCUCUCCAGCCCCCUCAACAAGGACUGGAUUACCGUCUCUGGAUAUGUGCCACCAGAAUCUCACGCUUUGUUCGCGUUAUUCUGCCAGUCUGAAUAUUCUAACCCCAGCGGCAUCAAUGGUUACCUCUGGGGUUGUGCUGUGGACUCAAUGAACCUCAUCACAGGACCUGACCCAACCUCUACCGCACCCCCCACCACAACCACUACAACUCCCACUACAACCACUACGACUCCUACUACUACUACGACAACAACCACAACUACAACAACACCCACAACUACAACAACUCCAACUACGACAACAACUACAACAACCCCAACUACGACAACAACUACAACAACCCCAACUACGACAACAACUACAACAACCCCAACUACGACAACAACUACUCCAACCACAACUACCAAACCUCCACCUCCUGUGAUUGACUUCAACUUCACGUCGGGUACCCAAGGCUGGGUGCUGGGGAGCAGCAAUGGGGCAGCCUGGAGGCGGCAAAACACCAACGGGGAGUAUGCCAUUGAAGUUGUGGGGUCACCGGUUAUUUCAGGCGUGGUUUUGGCCACGAGUCCGCGCUUGGUCGUGUGGGAGGAAGGCGAAGUGACCGUGUCUGUGACGUUUAGCAUGGAAGGAUCUUAUGAGUAUCCUGCAUCCCUCAGAGUUCGACGCUCCUACUCCUACAAUAACUUCGACCCUAAUCCCGCAAUUUCGAUGGACGACUUCGGAACGAACGGUACCUCCGGUUACGUGACCUACACGGACACAUUCAGCAACCUGGUGCCCGGCGAAGAGUUCUUCAUUGUUUUGGAGGGGUCGCUGGGCAUUGACCAGAGCAACGUAAUCUCUGUUACGGCGCUGCAGCUCGUGGGCGCCUCGCCGUACCCCGUGCCUGAGCAGGACUUCUUCGACUUCCAUGGCGGCCUUGUGGGCUGGUCACAAGGCAACAUGGACGGUGGCAGGUGGCAGGUGGAAGACUACCGCAACAUAGGCGUGACCAUCCCCAAGCCCACUGGACUCAACGUUCUGUACGCCGACAGAUUCGACAUUUUCAGUGGCGUGAUGACCAUCGAGUCUCCUCCCCUCUCCACCAUCACCGGCUCCAACAAGACAAUCAGCGCCCGAGUCUCGGUUCGAGGCAGCGACGACAACCCAGUAUCUUUGAGGUGAUAGUAAUAGUCAUAGCGGUAUCA